AUGUGCCUCCUAAAGCUUCCUGUAGGCCUCCUUCUUCUCUCUGUUGCAUUAAAGGAGCUGAAAGCUACACCCACGGCAAGUCUUCAGGUGGACAAACGGAAAUGCAACACUGCCACUUGUGCGACACAACGCCUGACAACUUUUUUGGUUCGUUCCAGCCACAACCUUGGUGCUGCUCUCCUGCCUACUGAUGUGGGAUCCAACACAUAUGGAAAGAGGAAUGCAGCUGAGGUUUUAGACAGGGAACUCCUGCACUACUUACCCCUUUAGAGGUCAACAUCCCUCUGUAUAGUUCUCAUGUUAUGCAUACUCUGCUGAUCCCCUGUACCUUUUAACAGCGCCGUUUUCAUUUCUAGUGUAAAUGUGUGACUCUGUAGGUUCUAUGUUUGUUAGCAGUACCUACAAAUUGUCAUGGUAAAGUGAGUUUCAAAUUUAGUAAUAGUAAAGG